GCCACCAUUCACCCCUCGUCGUCGGCACCAUGGGGCGGCCCCGGUGCGCAGAGUAAUCUGGCGUACUGCUACGUGACAGGGCUGGCGCCGGCUGCGCCGGCUGGCCUGGGGAUGGCUAUGGUGGGCGGCGCCGCGUCGCAGCCCCCCCACAGCACCUGGCCGCCCCUGGCGCACGCACAAGGCUGCCUGGGCCAAGGCAUCGGUCAAGGCAUUGGCCAAGCCAUCAGCCCGCUCAGCCCCUACGGCCCGUACCGCUACUACUCCCUGUACGGCGUGCCCUCCACGGAUGCGGUCCCGGACGUGGCCAGGGACGCCGCCAGGGACCUCGUCCCGGACCGAGUCCCGGACCCCGGGGGCGGCCUCGUUCCCACGGACACGUUCUUCUCCAGCGCCUUCUCCUUCGGGGCGGCCCCGCUGGGGUCCCCGCUGGGCUCGCCGCUCGCGUCCCCCGUGUCGCCGCCCUGCGCCCCUCUGGGGGCGGCCAGCCUGGGGGCGGCCACGCUGAGCCACCUCGGGGCGCCGCCCCCGCCGCCCCCGGUGCCGCCGGUGUACCAGCAGCAGGCGGGCCCCUUCAUCGACAACAGCGGGGGCGGUCUCGGAGUCCUCGGCCCGCUGCGCGCGCUGGGGACCGCAUGGGACCGGACCGCCGCGCUGCCCUCGCCGCUCGCCGUCAACGUCAAGCUGGACAGCGGCGUGGCCAGGGCCACCUCGAGCCCCGCCAGAGGCACGCCGUUGCAGUCGCCGCAGCCGUCGGGGCUGCUGUCCCCGGGCAGUGCGGCCACCGCCUCCAGCGCCUCCAGCGCCUCCAGCGCCUCCAGCGACGCCUGCAGCCGGUCCACGCCGCGCCCGCUGGAGCAGGCCAACCAGGCCGGCCAGGCCGGGCACGCUGAGCGGGCCUGCCAGGUGGCCGAAGUGACGACCAGCGGCGAGCAGGCCGUGUCCUCCACCACCAGCGCGGGUCAGUACCAAGCACCAUCACUCUGA